GAGUAAGUCAUUAUCAUUGGUCAUAAUCCGCAACUAAAGUUCUUUCUAUGAGCUCAACACGGAGGACAACAGUGUGCCUUUACUUGGCACAUAUUGAUAAGAGCGGACACUCGACCUAGCUCCCAAGAUUAUAGCUAACCGCGUUAGCUGGCUAUGUUAGACAGUAAUGGUAACCGUUGACAUCUUGGAUGGUUGACAUAUUUUCCCAGAGAGAUGCAGGACUCCAGUCACUCUAAUGAAGGCCUGGAUGGAAAGGCACUGGAGACCAAUGAGCAGAAGACAAGUGUAGGAGGAAAAGAUGGAGAGAGCACUGAAGAUGGAUCAUUAGAUCUUUCAUCCUCCAUUGCAGUGAAAUCAACACCAUCAGACUCAAAUGGGGAUUCAACAGCAGAGGACCUGAGACAUUCGGGCAAAGUUGAAGUAAAUGAGGCAGGAGAUGCAGCAAUUGGAAUAGGAGGAGGAGUUGAGAAAGCUGGAGGAGUUGAGAAAGCUGGAGGAGUUGAGAAAGCUGGAGGAGUUGAGAAAGCUGGAGGAGUUGAGAAAGCUGGAGGAGUUGAGCAAGAUGGAGGAGUUGAGCAAGCUGGAGGAGUUGAGAAAGCUGGAGGAGUUGAGAAAGCUGGAGGAGUUGAGAAAGCUGGAGGAGUUGAGAAAGCUGGAGGAGUUGAGAAAGCUGGAGGAGUUGAGCAAGCUGGAGGAGUUGAGCAAGCUGGAGGAGUUGAGCAAGCUGGAGGAGUUGAGCAAGCUGGAGGAGUUGAGCAAGCUGGAGGAGUUGAGCAAGCUGGAGGAGUUGAGCAAGCUGGAGGAGUUGAGCAAGCUGGAGGAGUUGAGAAAGCUGGAGGAGUUGAGAAAGCUGGAGGAGUUGAGCAAGACACAGCAGGAGCCGGAGGGGCUGCUGCAACACCAGACGCAGGAGAUCAAGAAGAACAUGCAACAGAAGGUGGAAAGCAUGCAGACACAGCUGUGCACAACAAUGCCACAUGGCUGACUUCUCUCCUGAAAACAGUAGAUGCAGAAACUGUGUGUGAAGAUGCAGAAGAGCCACUUUCAGUGCCUGCUGGACCAGAAACAGAAGCAGGAGGCGACACUGCCAUAGAACCAACAGAUGAAAACAUUGCAGCAGCAGAUGCAGCGCGCGAAGGAGGGACAGAGGCCACAGCUGUGGAUGCUGGAGCAGAAGCAGAUGCAGCAAUUCAAAGUGAAGAUGCAUCAGACAAAAUAAAAAUAAAAACAGAGACCCCUCCUGCAGGAGCAGUACCAACAGCAGGAUGUGACACUGGUAUGAAGACAAGCCUAAAAGGUGAUGCCGGACUGAGAAAAAAAACCCAGGCUAAGGUGCAGGAAAGAACACCGACAACACAAACAACAGAAGUGGAAGAGACCGAUCAGAGAGCUCUUCCAGAAACAAAAUCAACACUACACGUACCGGUGGGGCUGGCUAUAGGAGCAGUGUUCAUAGCGAUCGCUGUGGCGGCACUGUGUUACCGGCCUGCUGCUGAGCUAAGAAAGCCAACCCUGAACAGAGUGGAAGUGUUCCAGGAGGAGAUGGUGAAGGUUGAGCAGAGCUUCCGCAAUCAGCGGUCAGAGCUUUGGCGGCGCAGCCGCAUACACCUCCAGCGCCACCUGAAUUCCACCAAGCCCAGCGAGCCGGUCAGCCUGAUCUUGGUGGGGGGCCGCAAAGCAGAGAGGACCCUGAAGUGCCUGGCUGUACGCCUGGCUGAAGCCUUCUCCUCGUCCCUCAAUGGAUCUGUGCUUCAGGUGGACGGCAGCAGUCUGGCCAACAUGGACCACGACAAGGUUAAGCUAGAUCUGGACAACCAGCUGAAAGAAGCCUUUAUGGGCGACAAGCCGGCUGCCGUCAUCCACCGCCUGGAAGAGCUGCUGCCGAGCUCCACGCUCAUCUUCUACCGCUACUGCGACCACGAGAACGCCGCCUACAAGGAUCCUUUCCUGGCCUUCACCAUGCUCCUGCCUCAGGACGCCGUGGAUCCAGGGUUCAGCAUGAGUCAAGUGGAAGACAUGGCACACAGCCACCUCCACCAAAAGUACCUGACCUCAGAUCAGCCGGACACUUUUGACAGAAUGGACGUGGACAAGCUGAGUGGGCUGUGGAGCCGCAUAUCCCAUCUUAUACUGCCUGUGAAUAUGGAGGAGCACAUGGAGAAAGGUGGCUGUGACAGGAAGUGAUAAUGACACUGGAGGAUCAUGGACUCUUCUAUUAUCACCGAAAGAGAUAAUAAUGAAAGAGAAAUGAAAGAGAGAGAAUAAGUCUGAGUAAUGGAGAGGGCCAUCUUCAGAUUCGUCCUCGGUCUUUCCUGAUUUAGUGAGGGAUGAGUCCUUAACUUCACUUGCACUUUUGUCGCUAUAAAGAAAGAGACGCUUAACACUUUGGAAGUGAUUGAAGAGUAAUGUGAAGGCGAAUUAAGAAAGCAUUCCAAAGUGUAAAAAAAAAAAAAAUUGUGUUCUUAGUUUUAAUAAAUUUCAUGUGAUUACUUCAAAUGUGCCUUUUAAAUAAAAAAAAUAAUAAAAAAUGCAAUUAGA